AUGUCUCCUAAAUUACCUUUUAAGUUUGAUUCGGGAUAUGAGAAACUUAAGAAAAAGAAAAAACUUAAUGAACUAAAUCAAUCUCAAGCAAGAGCUCUCGAUAAAUUUCUUACAAAAGAACCACAAGUUGUUGUUGAAAAUUCAAAUGUUGAUAAUGUUAAUUUAAGAAAUUUUGAAGAAUUAGUUAGCUCCAAAACUAUGGAGGAUAAUAUUGAUUUUGAUGCUACUAAAACUAAUCAUUUAGAAUAUGAAAAUGUUGAUAAUGUUAAUGACAAAUAUGAAGAUAUAUUUGAUCCAAGAAUUUGGGAUUCUCUUGAGUCUAAAAGAGAUUUAUCUAUAGUGAAGGGUCCUAAAGAUAAAUUAUCUAGGCGUUUUACGGCUAAUUUGUAUACACGAGUUUUAUCAAAUGCAGAGAAGUGUGAUAGAGAUUCACUUGUUUAUUCAAAAGAGAUUUGUAUAGGUCAAUUAACAAAUGAGGGGUUGGUGAUUGGACAUAUGUUGGUGAAAGGCUUAGAGAGCACGAGACAGACAUGGAACAUGUCAAAGGAUAUGAUUAUGGAUGUUGCAAUAGAAAAAAUAAAAGGGUUAAUUUCAUUUUUUGAGAGAUAUAGAGAAACUGGUUUUAAUAAGGCCUUGAAGUAUGCUAAAGAAAUUGUUAUUAAAUUGAAUAUUGACUCAGACACCACUUUUAAUAUUAGAACAGGGCCUCCAAAUUAUUUGAGACGACCCUGCGCGGAAGCAUCUAGCAGCAUUCGUGUUUGA